CAGAAAAAAUAGACAAAGAAAAAUUUGAUUAAAAUUUUCAGUUGCAAAUUAUUUGGAAGAACAGAAUUGCUGAGUCUCAGUCUCAGCACUCUCAGUCAGUCUCUGUGAUCGAUGGCAAUGGCGGACAAUGGGCGAGUUGUGUGCAAAUGCACAUCGAGGAGGAGCUUCUGCUUCAGAGAAGUGACUUUCGACGAGAAGCCCAAUCUCCGAAACCAUCUACGAAACGUUUCGACAGUUCCUCUCUUUAGAAACGGCCUCAUUACUCGGUGCCCAUCUGUCGCCGGAAAUAGCAUUCUCAGCAUGGAUGCACGAGAGAAUUCGAGGUCCUCCAUAUUGUCCUCAUCAAGACAUCAGAGAGUUCCCAUAUAUGUGAUGAUGCCUGUUGAUGCAUUUUGCAUUGAUGGUUCAGGGCGUCCGAAGAUUAGGAAAAUCAAGGCCUUAACUGUAGCUCUAAAAGCACUCAAGUUGGCAGGUGUCCAUGGAAUUGCAGUUGAGGUUUGGUGGGGAAUCGUAGAGCGUUUCUCUCCUCUUGCAUAUGAUUGGUCUCUAUAUGAAGAGCUUUUCAAACUGGUUUCUGAGUCAGAGUUGAAGUUGCAUGUUGCCUUGUCUUUUCACUCAAACAUGAACUGUUCUUCUAGCAGAAAAGGUGGUGUAAGUCUUCCGCUCUGGAUCAUAGAGAUUGGCGAUCACAAUAAGCACAUAUAUUAUCGUGACCAAAAUGGAUUGUCCAAUGAUGAUUAUCUUACACUAGGGGUUGACCACGUGCCUUUGUUCUGCGGCCGGACUGCCAUCCAAUGUUAUGAAGAUUUCAUGUUGAGUUUUGUUAAGAAAUUUGAAUCAUUUAUUGGAAGUGUGAUAGAAGAAAUUAGUGUUGGUCUUGGUCCUUCUGGUGAACUUCGGUAUCCUGCACAUCCUUUUGGCGAUGGUAGAUGGAACUUUCCUGGAAUUGGUGAAUUCCAGUGCUAUGACAAGUACAUGAUGGACGACCUAAAGAUGGCUGCAUGCAAGGAAGGAAAGCCUCAGUGGGGAGAGAGGGGACCACAGAAUGCUGGCGGUUACAACAGUCUCCCAUCUGGAGUUCCUUUCUUUGAAGAGGGAGAGGAAAGCUUUCUUUCUGAUUAUGGGUGUUUUUUCCUUGAAUGGUAUAGUGGUAGGCUGCUUCAUCAUGCAGAUGAUAUUCUUGCAAAGGCAGCUAAAAUUCUGAGGAAAUAUCAAGAAAACAAGAAAACUUCUAUUCUAUUGGUGGCUAAAAUUGCUGGUAUAUUUUGGUGGUAUCAGACAGUAGCACACCCUGCUGAACUUACAGCUGGAUACUACAACACUGCUCUUAGGGAUGGUUAUGAUCCUGUUGCUUCAAUUUUGUCUCGUCAUGGAGUUGCUUUGCAUUUUUCCUGCUUAGAAAUGAUGGACACUGAUAACCCAGCAUCCUAUCUUUGCAGCCCAGAAGGAUUACGCCAACAGAUAUGGACUGCUUCAAAGAAAAGGAUAAUACAUUUGAUCGGGAGAAAUACCAAUGAACGAUUUGACAGGGUUGGGUUAUGGCAAAUACAUGCUAACUGUCACCAUUCACAGGCCGAAGCUGUAAGAUCAUUUACUUACUUCAGAAUGAAUGAUAAGAUUUUUAGGGCUGAAAACUGGAAUAAUUUCGUUCCUUUUGUUAGAAAGAUGAGCGCAAAUUGGUGAUGUGCCUCAACCCAAUAUAACCAUUAAAUUUCACUGAACAAUCAAGAGCAACAGUCUCACUGCCCUAUAAUAUUUUUUUGUUCAAGGGCAGAUAUAGAAGUUAAGUAACUUCCUGAUUAAUGAAAUAACUUUGUGUUUCUA